AUGCGGUCCACUCUCCGACUGUUCGCCAACGUGAAGGCGGCCCGGUAUCUUGAGCCGUUCGCUCCUACCGGUAUCACCGGCUUGAACACCCACCCUCACCCCCGCCCGACCUUGAUCUAUCUGUACACACAUACUUUGCAAAAGUUGAAAGCCUUCCCCGAGACUUCUGUCUACCGCCAGUCCACCGAGGCUCUGACCCGUCACCGCUUGCAAAUUGUCGAAUCGACGAAGCCCCCCGGCUAUGAGGCUUGGUUGGAGCGCGUGAAGAAGGCCGUCGCCGCCGAACCCGAACGUUUUGCUUCUCUUCGUCGCUCCGAUGGCUCGUACGCCGCUUUCAUGCGGGAUGACGGUAGCGACAACCCCCGCGGCGAGGAGUGGGACGGCGAGAAGAUCGAGCCUACUACCGAAGGCCCUGCUCGUACGCCAGAGGAAGAGGCUCGCUGGGCCAAGGCCAUUGAAGAGUCGAUUGCUGCGGAGGCUAAGGAAUCGGAUUUCCAAACCCAGGCGAUGAAGUGGGAGAACGAGCCUGCUCUUGAGGCUGAGCAAAUUGCCGAUAUUGAGAAGCAGAUUGGUGCUGGUCUCAUAGAGGAGGUCAUCCAGGUCGCCGAGGGUGAGCUGAAGCUUGUGGAUGAGAUGUACAAGUCUAAGGCGUGGGAGGAACUUGAGGAGAAGCCCGCUCCGGGCCAGUGGACCUACUUCGAGCGCAACCCCUCCGGCUCUUCGUAG